AGACUAAUGGUGUUCCGUCGUCGCAGUGGAGUGAAAACAAAAUUACAUUGAAUAGAGAUUGUUAGAUGCAAUCAAAUAAAACAGAUUAUCUGUUAUUUUUUUGUUAUUUCAUGCAUUUUGCUUUCAUUGUUUAGUUAAACACAAUGACAUCUUUAAAUGCUGAUAUAGAUUUAGUACAAUGUCCAGUUUGUGGGAGAGAUUUCACGAAAAAUAAUAUUGAAAUUCAUGUAAACAAAUGUAUAUUUCUUAAUGCACACUCUGAACAGAGCUUUAAAAGACCAGGCUCACCAAAUGAAAAUAUUUCAUCACUUCAAAUAAAGCGAGUUAAAAAGGAUAAAGUAGACAUAAGUUCCAGUUCUGCUAUGAAUGUCGGUGAUAAAUCUCAGAAUCAAAUUAAAAAUAAAGGAAAGAAAGACUAUAAUGAUAAUAAAGAUAUCCCUUUAGCGGAAUUCAUGAGGCCUUCUUUACUUGAUGAUAUUAUAGGUCACAAGGAAUCUUUUGGUCCUGGAUCUAUGUUACACGCUAUACUUUCGAAAAAGAAAAUACCAAAUAUGAUUUUGUGGGGACCACCAGGCUGUGGAAAGACCUCAAUAGGCAAUAUAAUUGCAAAUGUAUGCAAGGAACAAAGUAAGUUAAGAUUUGUCAAGUUAUCAGCAACUAUGUCAGGAAUUAAUGAUGUAAAAGAAGUUGUAAAAGUUGCCAAAAAUGAAGCUCAAUUCAAAAGGCAUACAGUAUUAUUCAUGGAUGAGAUACACAGAUUUAAUAAACUGCAGCAAGAUACAUUUUUACCACAUGUUGAAAAUGGCACAAUAACUUUGAUCGGAGCAACAACAGAAAAUCCAUCUUUCAGCUUAAACAAUGCUCUUUUAAGUCGUUGUAGAGUCAUUGUAUUAGAAAAACUAACUGUUGAUGAUGUUACAAAAAUAUUAGAGAGAGCUGUAGAACAAAAUAAUCUUGCUACAGUGGUAGAUAAGCUGGAAGAAAUUUCUUUGGAAAAAAAUACUACAAAAUGUAUUAUAGAGAGAGCAUCUUUGAAGUGGUUAGCUGAAAUGAGUGAUGGUGAUGCCAGAAUUGCAUUAGGAGCAUUGGAACUUGCAUUAGCAUCAUCACAUGAAAAUGGGACUGCUUCCACUCCUGUGAUUACUCUUCAAAAUUUAAAGGAUGGAAUAAAGAGAACUCACAUAUUGUAUGAUCGAAAGGGCGAAGAACAUUAUAAUAUAAUAUCUGCUAUUCAAAAAUCAAUACGCGCCAGUGACGACAACGCAGCUUUAUACUGGACAACGAGAGCACUGCACGGUGGAGAAGACCCUCUGUUUAUUGCCCGAAGACUUAUAAGAACUGCAUGUGAAGAUAUUGGCUUAGGCAAUCCGAACGCGAUAGUUGAAGCGGUAGCGUGCCUUGAAGGAUGCAAGCACAUCGGGAUGCCGGAGUGUGACGUGUUGCUGGCGCAGUGUGCCGUGAGACUGGCGCGAGCACCGAAAAGCACAGAAGUUUAUCACGCCAUGAAAAGGGCUCAGCGUUCUUUGAAAGAAACAACAGGACCAUUGCCGCCGGUCCCACUGGUUUUGCGUAACGCACCUACAAAACUGAUGAAAGAUUUGGGAUAUGCUGAAGGUUAUAAUACGCGACAUCGAGAUUCUUCUGGUUUUGUAUAUAUGCCGGAGGGUUUAGAAAAUGUCAACUUUUUUAAUGAAGAUAAUCUAAAUCUCAACGAAACUAUGAUGAAGAAUAACUAAAAUAUUUACUAUUAUUUACUUAUGUUCACUAUUGUUAAGAUUAUUAAAAAAUAACGCAAAAAUUCUA